CACUCUGAAUAAAAUGAAUGUGAAUGCCUCAACUUCUUAAAUACCCAGUAGAAUUGAAAUUUAAAGUGAACAGGGAACUGUAAAGUCUACAAUAGGCUGUACGAGCCACGAAUAGGAGCAUAUCUCCCAGAUCGCAAAAUAACCGUAACUAUAGGAAAAUAUACGGAAAUACUCAGGAGAAUUUCAAAAAUGACGAUUAAACUGCAGAGUUCAGUGGAGAAAAGAUCCCAUAAGAACUGCAUAACGUCAGUGGCAGUCCACUCCGAGGUCAUUGCAACAGGUGGGAAGGAUUCUACGGUUGAACUGGACCAAUUAUCGCAGACUGGGUUGAAAACUAUAAAGAGAUACAAUUUAAUUGAGAACAACAUUGUAAAGUGCAACGCAACGAGCGUUGAUAUCACACAGGGGACGGUGAUUUGUGGAACGAAUGUAGGCCUGGUUAAUAUAAUCGAUACUAGAGAAGAUAAAAUCAAUGAAUUUCCAGCUCAUAAGGAUCAAAUAAGUUAUGUAAAGUAUCUAACAGAUAAUGUACUCGUUUCAGCUGGAUUUGAUAGGAAGGUACGAGUCUGGGACACCCGAAACUUGGAGAUUCCAAUCCACGAUUUGGUGGGACAUACGGCCUCUGUGAACUAUAUAGACACCCUUCCUUUUAUCCAAGAAGAGGAUGAAUAUUCAGUAAGUUUUGGGGAUAACUACGAGCGUAUUUUGACCUCUGCAAGCGAUAGGACUGCGAGACUCUGGAAUGUGAAUAGAGGAACUCAUUUGGCAUUCCAGGUACCUAUAGAGUUAUCCCAGAAUGUGGAGAGCUGCGUUGUUAUGCAAAAGACUCCGCAUUAUGUUUUCGCUGUUGGUUUGGAUUCCGAAUAUCUUUUGGUUUAUUCCAUAAAGUUUAAGCUUCAUAUUGGUUCUUUGUCUAUUGGAAAAGGCGUAUGUAUAAAUUGUAUUCGAAAAUUUGAUGACUUAUUGAUUGUUGGAACGAGUGCUGGAAAACUGCACUUUGUUGAAUGUAGUUUUAGUAAAGAUUACUCAAAGUGUGAGAUGACAAUAGUAUCAACCUUUGAUUUCAAGGGUUCUGUAAAUGAUUUAAAAAUUACCGAAACACCGGAUGGAAUAGUUCUCUACUCCGCCAUUGGUACAGAACUGAGACUUGGGAGAUGGUUAAAUAUAUCACUUGACGGAGGCAUUAAACCAAAGAAUUUACUCAAUGUUUCCACCUUUCAAAUCGACACGUAGACUGUAAAUGAAGAGUGCAUAACGGAAUGUAUAGAUUUCUAAUUGUAAACAAUCGCAAACGCAGUAG